AGAUAGGUUACGUUAGUAAACUGACUGCAAUUAGAGUAUGUUGGACUGAAAGUUAGAUUGAACAAGUCAAUAAAUAAAAUAUGACGCGUCACGCAAGAAAUUGUACAGCUGGUGCUGUUUAUACUUAUCAUGAAAAGAAGAAGGACGCAACAGCAUCGGGUUAUGGUACAAAUACACAAAGAGUGGGAAAAGAUUCAGUCAAGGAUUUUGAUUGUUGCUGCUUAACAUUACAACCUUGCAGAAAUCCUGUCAUAACAAAGGAUGGCUAUUUGUUUGACAAAGAAGCAAUACUAGAAUAUGUUUUAACCAAAAAGAAAGAAUAUGGAAGGAAAUUGAAGGAGUAUGAGAAACAAAAACAACAAGAACAGGAACAAUCAAAUGAAAGAAGUGCUAAUGAAGAGCUACAGAAAUUGCAAAAGUUUUUAAAGGGAGAGAAAAACAUUGUUUCUCGAAGUCAGAUUAUAACCAAAGAAUCUACAUCUUCAGUUUCAAACAUGAGUAAUGGUAACGAUAAAAUGUUACCAAGCUUUUGGAUUCCAUCUAAGACACCGGAGGCAAAGGAAAUUACAUUACAGAAACCAGACAAGACAAUUUAUUGUCCUCUUAGUGGAAAACCAUUGAAAAUAAAAGAUCUUAUUCCUGUGAAAUUUACUGAAGUAAAAGAUCCAGAUGACAAGAAGUCUCUUAUUGUUAAACAAGCAAGAUAUAUGUGUCCAAUUACACAUGACAUCUUAAGUAACAGUGUACCAUGUGCAGUUAUAAGGACAACUGGCGAUGUGAUUACAAUGGAAUGUGUAGAAAAAAUCAUAAAGAAAGAUUGGAUCAAUCCUUUAGACAGUACGAAAUUGACUGAAUCAGAUAUUAUACCUCUCCAAAGGGGUGGUACUGGAUAUUCAGCUGUUAACGAUAGUUUAGAAGGCAAACACGAAAGACCAGUAUUACAAGCAUAAUACAUGAUAUUAAGAUAUAAUUUGUUUUUUAAAUUCAAAACUUUUCAUAUACAGAAUUAUUUAACUAAUACAUAUAUUAUUCUGAUUUUGUGUAAAUUAUCUCGUGUUUUAAAAAAUUCGAAAAAUUUUAUUUUUUCACGUUAUAUCAAGUCUUAAGUAUCAUCACAUUCUUAAAUUAGUCGAGAAGUGAACAAAUACUUCGAUUUUUCAUGAGAAAAUUUAAUGAUGGAAAGAAAUACAUACCUCCGUAAUGCAAAGGUAGUGAAAUCGCCUAAUUGUACAAAAUUUCUUUCACAAUUGCCCUUUCGAUCUUCCAACACUUUUAUUGAUCGUUAUCGUUGUUUAAUUG